AGAUAAUAGGUAGACUGUCUCCUCUACACCAGCAGGUGGCUCUCACUCCACAGUCUAGACAACUGAGUCUGCACCAUGAGUCCACAGCUAUUGUGAAUGAGUUCCGCCAUCAAAACAAUCUACAAUGACAGAAACGGGGCAAAAGUUCAGAACAUUUAAGUUUUUGAAGAUACUUUUUUGUAGCCUUCUCAUUACAGCCCUGGUGUUACUUACUAUAGCAUCUAUCAGGACUUUUACACUGGACGUAAAUGUCGGGCUUCAACUGGCAAAUUGGGAAAAGACGAAUAAUAUUCCGUUUGUCAUAGACCACAACAAGAGAGAAGAGCUUAUUGCGAAUUUUAAAGGUCAGUAAAGGGUAAAUUCUUGUUCACCACUGUGUAAAAAAGUGGCGAAGAGAAGGAAAACAUCACAAACGGGUAAAGUAAGUAUGGUUAACUAUCUGUUUGUUCAUUCAUUCAUUCAUUAGAGGCCAUCCAGAUCCCCACUGUCUCAUUCUCGAAGACGGAGAGCAACACCACCGCGCUGCGUGAGUUUGACAGGCUCCUCCGUAAAGGUAAAAAAUGUCCCUGAAUAACAUGAUAAAUGCCCUAUCAGUCCUCUACGUAGUGAAAAGACAACGUAUAAAUGUGUAAUAAUGGACGCAUUUAUGUAGCUGUUUACUAGAGCAUCAGGCUGCCAUACAACGUGACAAUGCCGGGAGGUCCAGCUCAAAACUUAAACGGCCAACGUUCGGAAAUAACCGUUAAUAUUCGUUUUUUAAACGACCGUUUACGUACAGAGUAAUGCUACCAGCUAAAGGUGUUAAGCUAACGGUAGCUAAUGUUGCGCAAGGCUACAUGUAACAACCUGUGCUUCUCACGGUGUUCCCUCUGUUGGGUUUAUUCUCCCUCAUCACUGGGACCUUCUCCGAAAUACAGAGGAGCAAAACUGCGCAACUAUGAUUUAAAAUUCAGUGUUUAACUUUUCAGGUGUGAGCAGACUACUUUCAGCCCGAUCGAAUUAUAGCUAGCAGUCUUGUGUGUGAUUCAUGACAGAUUCUCAUUAAAGUUUAACUUCUAGUCGUGUUAUGAAAAAGUUUACAAUAGUUUUUCAACUGCCUUAAAGAUGGGGUAGGCAGGAUCUGAGGAAGUCAGUGUUGUUUCGUUCCCGAACGAUUCGUUCAAAAGAACCGAAUCUUUUAAGUGAACGUACCGAACCGAAUUCAGACAUUUUUCCAUACUUUCUGGAUGGUUCUGGACGGCUAACUUUGUUUAGACUUAUGCACGUUAUUUGAGGACUUGGGUACCUCACAACACGAGGGAGCAGCGUCUGCCUCAAAACCAAUCAGCACUACGAAUCAGUGUCCGCCUCACAACCAAUCAGGUCGUGGAGGUGAAGAACGGCUUUGCUUACAGUCAGAAUAAGGGGACAGUUCAAAAAUGUAAAAAUGUUGACUACACAGGCAUAAGAGAACACAGCGAUAUUGUGAUAUUCCCAAAUGUCAUCAAUAACUAAUAGCUAUUGACUGAUAUUAAAAGCUUUUUUGUACAUACACCUCAAAAAAGACGCUUCUUUAACGGAAUCCUGCCUACCCCACCUUUAAGCAUGAAGAGGACAAGAUAAGCAAAGACUGUUCUGUCCACAGGGGGCGCCAAAAAGUUAAUCACCACAAAAAAGGAUGCUUCUUUAACAGAUAACUGCCUAUUCUACCUUUAAGUUGCAAAUAAACGUUAUUUAACAAUUCACACAACACAAAAUAUUUUUUUUUUGAUCAUGGCUCACAGGGUAGCGUUGCAAACAUUCUCAGCUUUUUUACACAUUUAACUUUUGUUGUAGUUUUGUAGAUAAAUCAUACAACUUUCCGAAGCUAAAUACUAUACUGGUCUUAUUGUUUUCAAAAAAGAGGUCUGCAUUCAAACUUGUAUUCUUCUUUCCUUGCCAGCCUUCCCAACAGUUUUUUCUUCAAGUUUGGUUCGUCAUGAAUUGGUGUCCAACUACAGCCACCUCUUUCAGGUGCAAGGGUCAAACCCUAACCUGGUCCCAUAUCUCCUACUGGCCCACAUUGAUGUUGUACCUGCUUCAGAAUCAGAUGGCUGGGAGGCCCCACCAUUCUCUGCGGAGGAGAUGGAUGGCUUCAUCUAUGGUAGAGGGACCAUUGAUGACAAAAACUCAGUUAUGGUGAGAGAAAUAAAUCAUACUUCGUCUGCUCUCUCUCUAUAAAUCAGAGUUUAGAUAUUAAAUCACCUGUCAUGUACAAAAUAGGCUGAACAGUUAUGCUUCAAUUCUUUCAGGGCAUCCUGCAGGCCCUGGAAUACUUGCUGAUGAAAGGCUACGCUCCACGCCGAGGAUUGUACAUUGGCCUAGGUCACGAUGAAGAAGUACAGGAACAAUUCACAAUUUAAAAAUAUGUUCAUAAAACUUUGUCUUUUUGAAGCUGUCACUCAGAUUAAUAUGAUUGAACAUCUAAAUUCCUGAUUCCUUUAAUAUUUCUUUUUAAAGGUCAGUGGUUACAAAGGGGCAGUGAAUAUAGUGCGGUUACUGAAACAGCGUGGUGUGCAAUUGUCUUUUGUCCUGGAUGAAGGCCUGGCUGUUCUUGAUGGAAUCAUCGGUGGUCUUGAUGGACCUGCAGCUUUGUGAGAACUUGCCAAGCUUUGGUGUACAACUUUGAUGUUAAGCUAAAUUCUCAGUUUUACAAUCUUCAUUAAAUUUUGUAUAAAAUGUAAACAUACAAGUUAAGGUGACUAAUCCACAUUUUUUACAUGUUUGCUACAACAUUACAUGAAUUGUAGAAUUGGAGUAAGUGAAAAGGGUUCUGCCACUGUAAAACUCAGCGUGUCAGUGGCUCCGGGACACUCCUCAAUGCCUCCCCGUGAAUCCAGUAUUGGGAUCUUGGCUGCUGCAGUCAAAAGGUGAGGGAGCAUUUUCUGAAGACAUUUUGUAUGCUGUAAAUUUGUUAAAAUUUGUACCUUUUUAUUUACUAAAUCAUAAAAUCAGUGUCUUUCACUGCAUCAUAAUUUCAGGUUAGAGGAUAACCCCAUGCCAAGAUUAUUUGGUCAUGGGCCUGAACGUGGAACCUUUGAGCAUCUGGCCCAUAAGGUAACAGGAACUAACUCUUUGUUCCCAAUCAUCACAACCAGCAGCAUAUUAACACUCUGCUUGUUUCCCACUUUUCCAUUAUUUGAAAUCUAGUUCAAGCUCCCAAUGAAGUUCAUAAUGUCCAAUUUCUGGUUGUUUUCCCCACUCCUUGGGAGGUAAUCAUGUUGUCAAAUUCAACCAGCAUGAUUUCCUAGGUUUGGUCAACAUGAGAGAGUCAGUUUGUCUGUGUUUAUUUUCAGAGUUCUUGAAAGAAGGCCUGACACCAAUGCUUUUGUGAGGACGACCACAGCAGUCACCAUCUUUAAUUCAGGAGUUAAGGUACAGAUAUUGACUCAAAGGGAUUAAUUUUUUUUAAGUGGUAUUAUUUGAAGCACAUAUCGGUUGUGAGAGUAUAACCUACAGAAAAAAGUUUGUCAUCUUGGCCACAGAAAUGGACAAACAGAUUGACUAUCAACCACCACAAAUCAGCUAUACCACAUAACUUAACAAAAUUUAAGAAAAUCCAACUCUUUACAUUGAUAGUUGUGUAAGAAUACACUGCCAUUAGAAGACUACUUGGUUUUAUCACAAAUUUCAGUACAAGAGAGAAUACUGACUCCUUUUCUGUGUUAAGGUGAAUGUCAUCCCUUCCCUCGCUGAAGCCUUCGUUAAUCUACGAAUACAUUCAUCACAGACGUUACAAGAGGUACAGAUUGAUACUGUUCUUUUUGAGUAUCCCUGCACUGUCAUGAAAAUUGUCUUGGUUAAAUAACGUGCUCUUAUCUAUGUCAGGUCCUGGACCUCAUCCAAUCUACUGUGGGGGAUGAUCGAGUAAAGAUAGAGCUUGUUGACGGGUUUGAUCCUCUCCCUGUCAGUUCUUCAGAUGAAAAGUCUUUCGGCUUCCAGAUCAUCAAGAAGACAGUGUUGGAUUUAUUCCCAACAGUGACGGUUGCCCCAGGUAGAAUACAUAUAGAUUUGAUAGUUUGGUGUUGGGGUAAUUUGUUAUUUGAUACUUUCGAAAGAUAUAAUGUUUCCAUCAUAUAGGUAUUUGUGUGGGAAACACAGACAGUCGACAUUUCAAGGAGCUGACCAAUGAUAUUUAUCGGUUCGCCCCAGUCUGGUUUAAACCAGGGGAUCCUCAGAGGUAAGAAUCUAGUUUGAUUUAAGUCUGUAAAAAUAGUUUUAACAUUUUUUCUGCUGCUGCUGUUACAAUUAACUGCUUUUUCAUAAUCCAACUUAACUGCAACCUACUUGUAAAGAUUCCCUUGAACAAAUACAGUGAGAUACAAAUGACUUAAACCAUAAAGGAACUUUUUCCUUUUUCUCUGUUCUCAGAUUCCAUGGCAUCAAUGAAAGAAUUUCCAAAAAGAACUACGAAGAGCUUGUUAUGUUUUACUUCAAUCUGAUGCAAAACUGCGACAUUCAAAAGCUCCCUGAGCCUCACAGCUCAGUACAUGAACUCUGAGGAGUUCUAGGGAAAACACAUCAAACAGUAAUUGUCAUUUCAACUAAAACUAUCAGCGCUUUGAUGGACUUGAACUUUAAACAACAAAAUCAACAUAAUUUAAAACAGUAGAGUCAGCGAUUACUUUUUUUCAAACGAAUUGUUAAUUUAAGCUUUUCUCAUGAAUGCUCUUUAAGAUUCUUGAUUCACAAUGUGUAGUAUUUACACCGUGAUCUUAUGAUGUCUACAUCACAUUUCAACAUUGCUAAAGAGUGAGUAGCAGACUGCUGUGAAUUUUGACGUUGAUGUUAUAAAUCAAUGAAAUGACCUUUGAAUAUUUUGUUGGGUGAGAAAACCUGCACACUUGAAAACUUGUAAAUCAGAUGGUGCCGCUUUUAUGAUGACUGCCAAGUCUUUUUUUUUUUAUUGUAACAGAGACUAUAAAAAGAUUCUUCUCUAUGACACAAUAAAUUUGAAACAUUAAAGAAUAAAGGUGAGAAAGAUGUGCCUUAAUA